CUAGAUCUCAUCUUACUGAAGAAAGAUGUCUGGACGAGGAAAGGGAGGAAAGGGGCUCGGUAAAGGAGGCGCAAAGCGUCACCGCAAAGUUCUCCGUGAUAACAUCCAGGGCAUUACCAAGCCCGCCAUCCGCCGCCUGGCUCGCCGUGGCGGAGUGAAGCGUAUCUCCGGUCUGAUCUACGAGGAGACCCGCGGCGUGUUGAAGGUUUUCCUGGAGAACGUGAUCCGCGAUGCUGUCACCUACACCGAGCACGCCAAGAGGAAGACCGUCACCGCCAUGGACGUGGUGUAUGCUCUGAAGAGACAGGGCCGCACUCUCUACGGCUUCGGCGGAUAAACUCACUUUCCAACAGCUCAACAA